UCAAGUCCCUGGUCUCUCUAACUUCUACUCCACGCCGUAUUCCGAACAUUUCACUGCGUCAAUCCCCAGCGAAAAGCGCGCAACUGCAGAAGUCCACUGGAAUAUUUUUAAACGUGAUAGAUAUAUCGCUGCUUCGCAUGAGGAAGAAAACAAAAGCAAUUUGAUACUGUCGAAUCCGUAUUGCAACAAGGCAGCAGCAUGGCGCGCGGGCCUCGCGUUCCAGAGAAGGCAGGCAGGAUGUGGUUCUAGGAGCAGAAGUGUACAACUAGGAUCUGUGCAUCCUCUCCCGUUUUGGAAAUGACGGCGCCCAAGAGCAUCUUCACGAGUGCGGCGCUGCACUACACCAGCACGCCGAGCUUGCUGAGCUGUGCCUUCUGCGGCACCAGCACGGUUGUGUACGUUGCGGGGCGGCACCUGUGCUUUUUCGAUACCGCGACGGAGACUCGGGAGUUCGUGCCCCUCCCCGAGGGCGUUUUUGCCGCGAAAUGCCUCGCCGCGACCGGUCCCUACGUCGCGCUGGCGACCAGCGGCAUCUUUCCCUGCAUCUACGUUUUCAAAAACCGUGCUCUCGAGUUCGUCAUCCCAAAAGCGGCGGAGCUCGAUAUCCCCGACCUACAAUUUUCCGCCUGCGCAUCCAGGCUCUUUGCGCUGGGGAAAAGCUCGUAAGGAUUUGGAAUUGCUGAUUUGAUGUUAUCCGGUUCGUUGGUUGCGGUUGCUUCUCGUCCGGCAAGUGCCCUCGUGUGAGAUGAACUCGGGAGCGGCAAUUCCGUGGCCAAACAUACACUAUGCAUGCAGAAGUCGCUCGUCAGCCAUCUCCGGUUUAGUUCGUCUUUGGCUGGAGGUUGCGCAACCACGUUGCAUUUUUAGUAUUCACUUUUCCAAGUACUAAAGGUAAAGGUAGAGCUUCUGCAAAAGAGAAAAACCAAAACAGGACCGCCACGAAGCUGCUGAUCUACAGCACGGCGGACGGCAGCUUGCUCCCCGGAUGUGAAAACGUAACUGCGCUGCAGCGGUACCAGGUGGACCGGCUUUUCGUUUCGCCGCUGGACAAGGACCGAGUAUUUCUCUGCAACAGCGCCCGGCGAGUGUGCCAGCUGGUGCGUAUAGCCCGGCGGUUCAAGCGUUACAUCGUCACCAUCUGCGAUAACAGCAUCCCGGAGUUGGGCGAUUCCGAGAUGCUCGCACCGCUCGAAGGGUACUGAUACAGGGUUUUGUUUUUACUUUUAGCCGACGUCAACGGGGCCGCAAGGAAGCGCACCCACUUGUUUAGUCGCUUGGUUUGUGCAAUCUGCGGUCUCCUUCAGUGUGGAAAAGUGGAAUCUAGUACAAACAUACUUGUGCCACUUUAAUAGAAGUUAGUCAAUACCCCGACGACGCGCUCUACUUCUCAGGUACACGUGGACGCCGCGAGGUCGGUUCCUGGUUUCGACGCGCAACGCGGUGUUGUUGCUGUGCAAGGACACCUAUCAAAUGUAAAAAUGUCUGGGUCUGGAAGAAUGCAUGUUUGUCAUGCUUGUCUGGCAUGACUCUUAAAUCUGUCAUGCACAUUGCCCAAGAGACGUUUUUCUCUGUCAUGCGGAGACGCAGUUUGUCAUGCAGAAUAGGCAACACCUACAAGCUCAGAAAUUUGUCAUGCUGAGCUAGUACUUGUGGCCUCCUCAUGCUACGCCAGUCAGCAUGACAAGUUUCCAGACCCAGACAUUUUUACACUCCAUAACACCGGGAUGAUUUUGUACACGUGGCGCUCGCUCUCGGCCGUCGAGGACGAGCGGCUGGUGAACGGCUACUAUCCUGAGCAAAAAUGUACCCACCCUAGAGUUGUCAUGCAGAUUUGCAGCUACAGGAAGAUUUGUAGUGCGCAUCCACAUGAGAGGCAUUUUCAAUCGCGUUUUGCGCUUUGUAAUGCUGUCGACAGGAUGAGUAGAUGGAUUUGUGUUGCGGCUGUGCUUGCUAAACUGCACUACAAUACAGAGACGAACUUGUCAUGCUGGACCCCCAAAAUUUCUCGAUUUGUGUUGCGAGAUCCCUUGACUCUGGUGUGGGGACGUUUUUACAUAGGAUAGCUACGUGACGAACCUGAUGUUCAUGUCCUCCUUCCUGGUCGCCACGCACGAGGUGGCGCUGCCGAACGGCAACACGAAGCUAUCCAAGAAAAAAACUGUGUUAGUGUAACUUUCUUUGGCUGGCAGCAUCACAAAUUUGCUUUACAUGACAGAGAAAACCUGUCAUGCGUGGAUUGUAAGGCAAAACACACAGGAAGACAGGACUACAUGGCUGUCUGGCAUGACAGGUGUAACUCUGUUGCAUGUUCUGCAUUACAGAGUUACACUUACACAGUUUUUUUCUUGCAUAGAAGCAGUACUUCGUGUACUGGCUGUACGACGCGGAGGAGGAGAUAUGACAUGCAAAUAUGUCUGGGUCUGGAAGACUGCGAGAUUUGUCAUGCUUGUCUGGCAUGACUCUGUGUUGCGUGGCCACGAACAGUUCCCUCUGCCUGUCAUGCAGAAAUGCAGUUUCUCGUGCGGAGUACGCAACACAACGCGACGAAAAAAUCUGUCAUGCUUGGCGCUGCAUUACAGAGUCGUGAAUACUAAGCACUCUGAGAGUCAGUGAAUACUAAGCACUCUCAGAGUGCUUAGUGAGAGUGCUUAGUAUUCACUGACGUGCAUUACAAGUUUCCAGACCCAGACAUAUUUCCAAUGCAUAGGAGAAUAACUUGAACAACUUGUCCGACUUGUUCCGCAUGUGCUACAUCAGCGACAGUGCCGCGUCCCCGGAACUGGCGGCCUCCGGGUCGGUGACCAGUUUGCAGCCCAACCCGGACUACUCGUUCGCGCUCGUCACCACCGCGUCCGGGGCCUUGUUCAAGUUCUCCCUGCUGACGCAGCCGGAGCUCGACGAGGUCGCACGAAAAUUGGAAGAAGACAUCCUUGGCGAAGCCGAAGAGCUAGCACUGGACUGGAAAUUUCUCUCCAAGUGCCACGUCAACUUCAUCACCGCGAGCUGCUUCCUCUUAUGCGUUGGAAAAGAAGUUGUAUUCUGUUGCAUUCGUCAUGCUAUGUAAAAAUUGCAGAAAUAAUUGCAGCGCACGAUCGGUUGACGAGGUGAGUUCUGACCUAAGUUUACUCAGCGAUGUUGUACGAGUACAACAGAAAUUCAGCUUUAUUUCCACUCCAUACCCACACGACGCGGACAAUUCUUUCGUAACGGCGGAUGAGACCGGGCUGAUCCAGAGCGUGGCGCAGAGCGGGGCGGUCAAGACCGUCCGUCUGCCCUACGGGAUCAACACCAUCGCGCCGCUCGCGGCGGACGGGGCCAACAGCAGCCUUCUGGUCGGCACCGAGUCUGGCGUGAUCCGGGUGCUGAAGCUGCUUCCGAGCGGGAACUGCGAGACGCUCGACACAGUGCGGCUCGCGUCCUUCGGCUUCUCCGCCCAACUCGCCUGGAACAGCACCGGGAAUCUGUUGCUGGCGUCGGCCUUUGACAGUGUGAAGGGGUGCAGCCUGUUCGCAAUCGCGGUCGAGGACAAAAAGGCGCUGAAGUGUUACGGCAAAAUACCGCUGGGCACCGACCCAGAUGGGGUGGAACUGGACUCCUGCGCUGUGGAGGACGUCGCAUCCGCCAGUUCCGACGCGUAUCAGGCGAAAAAUUUGCUAGCAUAGCUCGUCUGAUUAAAUAGCUGGCGGAACGUUAAUUCAUAAUAGAAAGGAAAGUUGUGCUGAAAACAGUCGACGUUCGUAGACGACAUCUUCACGAUGGUCUCUUCUUGUGGCUUCAUCUUCAGGCACUUAGCCAAGACGGAAACGCAAAUGUGGUACUUUUACAACUUACUUUGCAUGACAGAAGCUCCCACGAGUCGCGCGUAGCUUUUUUUUUCCCCUCGAUCAUUCGUUCAGCAGCACGUGUGCGGCCGUCGGAACGGCGACCUACGCGAGUAGUCUCUCCGCCAGUAACCGGCUCUGGACGUGGAAGACAACGCAAGAGGCGACCAGCAGCUGCAACGUGGAGACCGGGUUCUUGGAAAAAGUGGUCGUUACGCCCGUGCAACUCGGCGCCGAGCCGUGUUCGGUCGCCAUGUCAAAUGCGGACCCGGACACGAUCUACGUCGGCUACUGCAACGGCGUGGUCAGCUCGCUGUCCUUUUCGGAAAUUCUGUCCGCGCAAGAAAAGGUGAAGGCGCUUUUGCUGCAGCGGGAGCAGGAACUGGCUGCAUCCGCCGCGGCCGAGCCGACCGGGGAACCACCCGCCGCGGAGGCCGGCGAGGAAUCCGCUGCACCCGGAGGGACGGACGACGAAAACGCCAAACCGGAGGAGGAGCCGGAAUUGCCCAAGAUUCUGGUCACCACCUCGCUGUUCCCGGGGCCCGCGUCCGGCGCGUACGCCACGCCGGCGACAAGCAGCACAUCGGUGUUGACGAAGGAGACCGUGGUCGCCGAGGCGGUCCUGGUCGAGCACGAACAGCCAAUAUCGAGCCUGCGGUGCAUCACCAGUUCCCUCCUCGCGGCCGCCACCAUGGACGGCGUGGUGAUUCUGGUGCAGAAAAGCAUGCCGAUACGGAAGUACCAGCUUGCCGACCCGUUUGGCGGCGGGAUAUGGAGCUUCGCGGCGCAGAUGAGCAGUAGCAGCUCGUCGUUCUACGGGCUGAUGACCUCCAGUAGCGAGGUGUGCACGUUCAGCGUGGACAACGUGGUCACCGAGGGGAGCUACGUCGUACAGGAUUGGAAAGACAUGAAACUCGGCAGAAAUGUCGCAGUAGAAGCCAAGGGCGAAAGCGAGACGGAGAUGGCCGUUUGGAGUAUAAUCUUAAAGUUGCUUUUCUACUAGGAAGUAGGAACUUCUGGCCGCUCGUCGGUCUCAGUCUUUCUGUCGAAACUCUUGCAAGUUGUUUUUUUUUCUACAGCUGCAAAAGAAAAACUGCAAACUUCUAUUCGUACUAAUAGAAGGACUGUAAGGGAAAAAAUCACCACAACCUUCAGAAGAAAAUUCUUCAGAAGAACCUUCAGAAGAAUUCAAAAAUCUUCUGAAGGUUCAAAAGUGACUGUUAGUUUUGAAAAAGACACAAAAUCGAAACGGAUGCAGGUCCUGUUUCAAAAAAAACAGUUUUUUUUUUCGCACCUUCAGAAGGUGACCUUCUGAAGCUUUUUGACCUUCCUGAAGGUUUUUGAAACCUUCAGAAGAAUUUUGAUGCACAAAAGCUUCUGAAGGUUUUUCUGCUGUCCAUUUUUGACCUUCCUGAAGGUUUUUGAUCUUCUGAAGGUGGAGCUUUGAAAACCUUCUGAAGGCCGAAUCAAUGAAAAAAAUGGCAUUUUUUGACAAAAAAAAUUGCAAAAAGUGACGCACUAUUUUUUCACCUUCAGAAGGUCAAAAAACCUUCCUGAAGGCCUUCUGAAGGUUGAGACUCUUCUGAAGGUCCAAAAAUCUUCUGAAGGUUUUCUGCAGCUUUUCUGAAGCUUGCAAACUCAAAAAGUGUUUUCUUCGACUAGCGCGCCGUGUGGAAAGAGCCCGGCUGGGCCUCGUUCGCGUUUAGAUGCUUCGCGCACUGCUGCCGCGAUUCCUGUCGCUCAAGAAGCGCCUGGCACUUUGUCAAGAAACCAAAGCUGCCCGCUUUCGUAAGGGCAAAAAGCGAGGGCUGGCUAGGUAGCGGACAACAGGCGAGCUCUUUCCUGGUUUCUUCCUGAUCUGGCCGGGCCUCCGAAGUAAAAGCCGCCAAAGCUGGCCACUAUUGUAAAGCGAGAAGCGACCUCGUUGCUUGUUCGUUAGUCUGGGCCCCAGAGGCGAAGCCAAAAGCUGGCCGUCUUUGUCUUCUCCCGAAUUUGGCCACUUCGAGAAAAGCAAAACGCGGCCACUUUAUUAGAGCCGACGAAGUCGAGCGUGAAAAUUUUUCAGGCCAGACAAAAUUUGACAGAGACUCGAGCUAAACAUUAAAAUGUGGCCUACGCUGAAGAGUUGUUGUAUUUUUUCCCACGCGGCGCACGCCGCGUGGAUUGGUUCUUAUGUACAUAGAAGAUGAUCUUCCCAUUUGCAAUUGCUUCUACGACGAACAGCGGCGGCCGCCGCGAGCGCGGCGGAGGCCGUGGGCGAGGAGGACCCGGCGGUGGUUGCCGCGAACGAACAGGCACGGCAGCAGCUGCAGUCAGGGCUGACAGAUCUGAGGAAGCGACUUUCGUCCUUCCUCACCGCCAACGGGUCGGCGCCCGACCUCGAGAAGCUCGACCGCGGCGAGUUUUGCAUCGACACCGAGGAGCGGGACUUUUUGGUGGAGAAGGCGGACAAGCAGUGCGAAGACAUCCGGGAUCGGGUGGAGCGGGAAAACCUGGCCCGGAACCUGAUCUGCAAGCGGCUGGUGCAGGAGUUCUGGCAGCCGAUGAAGACCCCCGGGUGCACGAUCGCCAGCCUGCAGGGGCCGCAGAGCGUCGCGAACUACCCCGAGCGGAAGCUGCACGCGAGCGAGAGCUCGCGGACCCGGAUGAUCGCGCAGCUGCGGGACGUAGAGCUGCUGGAAAAGGAGGAAGCGAACGUCGACAACGACUGGUAUCUGGACGCGGGCAAAUUUCUGCCCCCCGGGAUGGACCGGGCCUACUUUAUCAACUUCUACGGAGGUGACGAAAAUCUGUACUCGCCCACGACGGGGGAGGUAUAAAGAGUGAGUUGUACUACAUAGCAGGGAUCAAUCUACUUUUUUCCUCGUCUGGAAGUGUAAGUAUCUACUCAGCUUUCGCUGAAGAUGUGCAUGUAAAGAUUUCUGAAUUUCGUCGCGGAAAAAGCUGUCAACUGUUGAGAAGAUGUAGUCAAUGUUCUUGCCUUGACUCAACAACGCGUUCUUUUCCAGGGCAAGAAGCUGACCGAAGCAGAGCAGAAGGAGCUGGACGACUCUCUGGCGGUUAGAAACCGGGUGUACACCCCCUUUGAACUCACGACGAACAUGCGAAGAAAAACCCAGAUUGUGCUGUUGCAAACCCUCUCCACAGAUCUGCAGAAAGCUUUCAACCGGAAAUUCGGGAAGUGCCAGGGCACGAAGAAGGUACUUCUUUAAGGUGCAGCUUUUUAAUAUCACUUCUAGCUACUGUGGAAGCUGCUUGAUCGGAUUUUGAUCCUGCGUCGGUUGUAAGCGUCGCGGGGGUCCGAGAUGAGUUGUUCUCGGCGGACUGAAAAAAAAAAUGAUAACGGUUGUAAGAAGUUUCAUCUUUUUGCAUACGUUUUUUCAUGCUCCAAAAACUUUAUCAGGAAGUGAUGUCGCACAUCAAAGAGAAGAUAGACCGAAUUCGGUCCAUCCUGAAAGAGCUGCAGAUCGACGAGGUCGUCGACGAGCCGGAGCUGCUCGGCAAAGAAGUUCCGGAGUCCGUUUUGAAGGUGGAGGAGAAGGAAGUAACCGUCGCGAAAUACAUCUCGCCCGAGGAGAAGAAGAAAAAGGACGAGGAGGCCAAGCUGUUGGCUGAGAAGUCCGCGAAGAAAACCAACGACGCGGGGCAGCGUGCCUUGCAACAGAUGAUGGGCGGGCGCCUGAAGACGAACAAGGACCUGACGCCGUUGGAGCGGGUGGUCGACCGGGAGGUGUGGAUGGACGAGGUGCCGCCCGAGCACUGGACGGAACUGCAGCAGCAGCUGUACGUGGAGUAUGAGGCCCGGUGCGCGGCGUUGGCGACCGAGCAGGAGAACUACAAGCAGCUGCUGAACGCGGAGCUGACGAAGCUGCGCGCGGAGGUGCUCGAACUGAAAAAGAACUUUGAGGACAAGCUGUCCCUGCUCGCCGCGGACCGGCACCAGGCGGACCUGCAUUACUACUGGCAGGAGAUCUACAUCAUCCGCCUGUAUAUCAAAUGUAAAAAUGUCUGGGUCUGGAAGAAUGCAACUUGUCAUGCUAAAUCUGAGGCAUGCAAAAAUCUGUGUUGCAUGAUUACCAAAAGUCGUCCAGUUUUGCGAAAGUCGCGAGGGAGUUUCUCAUGCAGGAUAGGCAUGAGAGAGAUCGCGCAGAAUCUGUCAUGCUAGGUCCUGCAUUCCAGACCUCAUGGGUCAUGGAAAAGCUGCAUGACAAAUCGCGCACUCUUCCAGACCCAGACAUUUUUGCAUUUGAUACUGUUCUUGGCGUUGCUGCAAGCGGUGGAAGACCAAGGGAUUAAGGAGUUCAUCCUGCAAGAAAUACAGUCCGCGCAAGGCAAGGUGCAGGAGGCCGAGGAAGUGCUGGAGAUGUUCGCAGAAAAGGUAGUAUGUAGUUUAAGAAAUGCAUGACUGCAGUGCUUUUUGUUUUUGAUCGGUUCGAGCUGAAUUUGCUUUUUCUCGUAGCCGCCUACAGCCAUAGCUAAAUCGACAUUGCGCGCCUCCAGGUCCGUACCCACGAGAAGAUCCACGAGGAGCACGUGAAACGGGAUAAGGAGCUCGUGUCCAAGUUCCGCGAGCACUUCCCGCAGCUGGAACCGGAUCAACAGACCUUCCUCCUGAAGCUGUUCAAGCAGCGACCCCCAAAGCCCGCGGGGGCGGCGGGCGACGUGAACGUGAAGGGCCCGAUUCUGAUGCCGUUUCCGGUGACAAUCGAGAAGCUGAACCCCUUCAAGCCGCCCGUGGAGGACGCGGGCAACACGUCCCCGAGCAGCAAGAAGCCCGAGCCCAUGAUCGAGGUAGACUACAACGGGGAGAACAUCGACACCCUGCACGUGCCGGUGCUGCCCAAUCUGCCGGAGGAAACGCUGAAGUUCCCCGAGGACUGUUCCAUGGAGGGCAUCGGGAAGCAGAACUUCGACCUGAUGCUGGAUUUGAAGCACCAGAAGAUGCUGAUGGAGAUCGAAAUACAAAAGUUGAACGGGGUGCACGUGGAGAUGGUGAAGCUUAUGGACCACUACCAAGCCGAGGUGGAAACCAACACCGCGGUCUUCGAGAAGGAGGUGGACGACCUGCGAGCGCAUCAGAGCAUGAUUGAAAACGAGGAAGAGGACUACGAGAUAAUGGUGCAGCUGAAGCAGGUAGAAAAGUGUUUAUUGCUGUGUUGAAAACAUUGCUGGCUCGCAUCCUAGUACAGAAGUCGUCUGCAUUUGACGUGCCUUGAGUCAUGCGCUCGUUAUUAACCCAUGCCCUCCUUAAGCAGUGCACUAACUGGUUCUACUUGCGCCCCUUGAGAACUGCGCUGAUUAACUCGUGCGCUCGUAAAGGAGUGCGCUGAUUAACUCCUGUGCCUCCAGCUAAGUAGUGCGCUGAUUAACUCGCGCGCCUUUUAAGCACUGAGUCGCUUAAGUAGUGCGCUGAUUAACGCGUACGCUCAACAUUAAGCAGUGCGCUGAUGAACUCGUGCGCUCCUUAACCCCUUUAAUAGUGCGCUCCUUCGGUAGUGCGCUCCUUAAGUAGUGCGCUCCUUAAGUAGCGCGCUCCUUAAGUAGUGCGCUCCUUAAGUAGUGCGUUCCUUAAGUAGUGCACUGCUUAACUCGCGCGGCUCUUAAGUAAUGCGCUGAUUAGCAAACACACUGCUGCACCGCGUAAGUAGUGCGCUAAUUGAUUCCUGCGCUCCUCUAAUCCCGCGAGUCCGGCGAUACUUCAGUUUCGCGCGCUAAAACAUUCGUAAGUACUUUUUUCGAGAAUGAUUUCACGAUGUGCUGUCACAAAACAGGGGCAAGUUGAAGUGCCGCCCGCAGCGGUAGUCACCGACUAUUCCGACGCGCUGACGUUUCACAAGGAGGUGAUAGAAGCGAGGAACCGAAGGAUUCUUGAGCUCGGCGGGGAGAAGGUCGGACUUCUGGAGGCCGUUCGCGAGUUCCGCAAGAAGAUCAACAUGGUGGCGUACGACCAGAACAUGUUUGCCCUACAAAAAACCGACCUGCAAGAGCGAACCAAGGACGUGCAGUUCUUGCGUGUCACCAAGGACGUGCAGGAAAUCAUGAGCGGUAUACAAUUUUUUCUUUCCGCGGAAUGACGUGAAGAAAACGUUGCUUUUUUUUGCGAUUUCAGCGAAACUGUCGGUCCGAUGAGGAUCAACAUUGUUGCAGCGUUUGCAUGAUUGGAGAGCUGUACUUUGUAGAUCAUACAUGUUUUGCAAGGGCACGCAAGUAUGUGACCCCCACCUGAUCCCGACCUAACCAGGCGGCGACGAGAAGAAGCGGCAGCGAGCCAUCGAGAUUCUGGAAAAGAAGCUGGACCACGUGACGAAGGGCGGCGUGACCAACAUUGCGAACUGGAAGAUGAAGUACACGAAAUUGUCGCAGGACACACGGAAGCUGCAGAAGAAGAACGACGGCAUGUCCAAUGAGCUGGAUUCCGUGGUAAAGUCGGUGAACGAGCGGCAAAAGAUAAAGAACCUGCAGCAGGGCGGCACCACCACCCCGCUGCACAUGAUUGGCAAGCGGAAAAAGACCAUCGGCGGCGGCGGGGCGAUUGCGGAGUUGGACUACAAGACGCCCAACACGCGGUUCGCGGAGGCCCGGCGACGAAAAGUGAUGCAGGACCGCAUGACAAACCAGGACGAGGAGCUGAAGACGUUGCGGACCGAGCUGGACCGGCUGAGGCAAAAAACGUUCCCGUCCUUCGUUCAGGUGCACGACGAGAGCGGGCACCGCGGCGUGGCGGACUAAUCUGGCUGGUUUCCCGUAGAGGAUACUCAGCUAGGUAGAACCGUGCUGCACCUAGACCCAAAAGGAUCGCGGCUGCGAUUGAUUUCGGAUCCGCGGUUGCGACCCCGUCCCGUGGUCAAAAAUUAAGUACUAUGUGGAGUAAAGAAGCGAAAAAGAAACAUCAUUAUAAUGGAAGUCUAUAUGCUUAUAUGCACUAGUUGCACUGUAAAAAUGUUGUACUUCAAAUGCUUGCAGCUUCCGAAGGCUGAUCAACUAGAAACUUCAAGUAUGAAUUCGACAGAAAUAAACUUCAAACUCAGUCUGGAUUAUUGGAAACACUUUUGCUAUCAGACAAGCAAAGCUGGCGCAUGUGGAAAGUGUGCGCCAGCCAGCAAGAACGCAAUGCAGAGCGCUGCAGGCUGAAACGCAAAAACGGUCCUUCGCGGAGGAUCAAAUCUAAAGAAUAAAUUUGAUGUGAUAUUACAACAAACUUAGAAACCUUAUUUUAGUAUCCUUAUCUGAUUAUCGCAAACUCAAUGUAGCUGCGACCUGUUUCGCAGUUCGUGAAGUCGGUUCCUUUAUACCUUAACAAUAGCAGGCGGCAGAACAAAGUGAUCGGGGAGGAACAGCAUCUUUCUCAUCCGAUCAUGCCUUCGUGUCAAACGUCUUACCUAGCCGGACUCUGUAUCUUGUACUAUCAGCAGCUCGCUCACCGAGUCGCGCGAAACUACACCCACCGGAACGAGAGCCGGCAUCAGCAU